UUCUUUGACACGAUAAUCACGUCGAGUUGUCAUUCGUUUUUCAUCUUAUUAUAAAUUCUUUAAUUCUACAGUACAUACUUGAGGCCCCUCACCCACCUGCUGUUCAGGAUGGCCGAAGAACCCCAAGUCAUGUCUAUCCAGCAACGGAUUGCGGCGUUGAAACAUGCGCAAGCGGGUCAGACUGGAGGCGCCGAGGCCAGUGAGCCGACACUGAUUCAACCUACUCCGUUGCCCAUCCGCCCGGCUGCUCCUCCGAAACCCAAGACAUUCAAGCUUCCCAAUAUCGAUGAAGCUCCCGGCAGCAAUGGAUGGACUCACAGUGAAACUCCGCCGCCUACCUACAAUGAAUCAUUCCCUAGCCCAGUCUCACGGCCGAUGCCCACCCCCGCACCGGCCACAUUCAAGUCGCCCCCACCAUUGCCCGUGCGCAAGCCUUCCGAUCAGCAGGUCCAACAACGCCCUGCACUACCACCCCGACGGCCUACAAACCCCUCCCGGAAAGCCUCCCGGGAGUCUAUGGCCUCAGACAUAUCGCGAUCAACUACUACAAGUAUAGGCCGAGCAACAAUCACCUCCGUGGCCUCUUCCGACUCGGGAACAGGCCGCUCUCUGCCGCCCGCAUGGGGCGAGGCGGAAUUACCUCCCUUGCCUCCCAAACGACAACCCCAACUGCCCUCGCGACCCUCAGCUACAUCUGUCAAAAGCAAUAGUAGCUUGUCUGUGCCGCAGCUGCCUGCGCGCAGGGGAUCUACUCAGAGUACCUGCUCCACCGAUAGUACAUAUUCUCAGCCGCCCCGACCGCCCCCGCGGCUCCCAUCCCGGAACAACAGCGACAGGUCACCCAGCACAAAUACGGAUAAUACUUCGAGCGAGAGUAGAUCGACCCUUCCCAACAGGAGGUUGCCUCCGCCUCCUCCAUCGAACGCUGCUUUGGGUAAGCUGCAGCAGACGGGAUUCGCAGCGAUCAACAGGACUACCUCUCCUGUGGAAACGAACGGUAGUCCUCCGCCGGUACCAUUGGCUUCACGCCCAUCCCCACCAGAUCUUUCUAAACUUCAAGCCAGCAAGCCUCGCUUGCCUGCUACUAGCCCAACUGCCGGGACGUCGAAUGCUGCUGCUGCACUGACGGCGGCCUGUCUGAAAUGUCGGGAUUUCUCGGCAGCAGACGCCCACGCCGCUCAAUAUCCGCGUGCGACCUUGCCGACUCACGACUUGGGCUGGUUGGCCAGAGAGCUGACGGCGCCUUUCCCCUCGCCCACCGACAAGGCUCGUGUCAUCUUCACCUGGCUGCAUCAUAAUGUCGAUUACGACGUAGAAGCCUUCUAUGGUAAUCGCGUGCAGCCUUCGACGCCGGCCAAGACGCUGGCUUCGGGCUUAGCGGUAUGUGAAGGGUAUGCGGGUCUCUUUCAAGCCCUUGCGACAGAGGCAGGCCUCGAAUCUCGCAAGGUCAGUGGCCACGGCAAGGGAAUCGGGUAUCUGGAUCCCGUUCCUGGUUCAGCGCUCCCUCCUUUCAAGGGAAACCACGCCUGGAAUGUGGUGCGGAUUGAUAAUGGGCAGUGGAAGCUGAUCGACACCUGCUGGGGAGCGGGAUGCGUCCAGGGGCCGGGUCAGCCCUACCGAAGACAGUUCAAUCCGAUCCAUUUCAUCGAGACCAAUGAUGAAUUCGGCCUCAAGCACUUUCCCUCCAAUGGAAACGACUUUUACCGAGAUGACGGGCGUCCCGGAAUCAGUUGGGAGGAAUACCUUAUGGGCAAUCCAGCCUCACCCCUUGGGGCCGAGCAGCCGUUGGUCUACUCGGAUGCGGAGAAGCACAGCAUCGGAGCACGCACCUAUCGACCAGCGGCCAAGGAGAUUGCAGUGCAGCAGGGCGGGCCGCUGCGCUUCCAGUUCGGACUCAUCUGCGAGCACUGGACUCUGGAACACCACUCGCGGGCCCAGCCCGGUCUUUUCCUGUUGACGAUUCACGGCGCGGAUGGCCGACAGGACGACCGUCUGGUCUUCACGCAUUACCGGGGCACUAACCCCGGCGGCGGCGGAGAUAUGUGGUACCUGGACGUGCCGGAUGUUCGAAGUUUAGGCACCCCGGGCCAGACGGUGCAGGUGGUGGUACUAACACGUUUUGCGGAUCGGACAGAUCCACGAGGUGUGACUAUUACGGCGGAUGAAUAUCGGCGUGGUGUUGGGCGGGUGGCAAUGGCUUGGGCAGGUAUCGCCCAAUGGACACUAGUCUGAAGAGUGUCUCAACGAGUCAGGAUGAGACCGAUCAUGGAAUGGACAUUUGGCCCCCUUCCCCCCCGGGGCCAAUAACACCCUCCGGUUAAUUAGGGCUGGCUCCAGGGAUAAUUCAGGAUUCUUUCGUCACAACUGCAACUGACCCCGCUUGCCCAGACUCCUCGUUUGUAAUUGUCAUUGGGU